CCACACCACUCCCCAGCCUCGUGACUACUCUGGCGGAGAAGCUCCUGCUCGACGGGGCGGGCGGGCAACUGGGACACGUGCCCCCUCCCACAACCCCAAACCCGGGCGAGCUCUGCGCGAGGCCGGGCCGGGGAGGGGCCAGCCGGGGGCGGCCUGGCAGGAAGCGGCGCGUACCUUCCGCCGCAGGAGGAGCAGGUGGCUGCAGUGCGGCUGGGGACCCAGGCUUCCUGUGUGCGCUCCGACCGCUGCUGUUUCCCGCCCCGAAGCUCGUCGGGCCGUCCCGGCCCAGCCCUGCCCCAUGGCCCAGACCCCCGACGGCAUCUCCUGCGAGCUGCGAGGAGAGAUCGCCAGGUUCCUGUGGCCCAAGGAGGCAGAGCUGCUGCUGAAAACCUGGCUACCCCAGGAGGGUGCUGAGCGGAGUUAUGUCCUGGUGCUGCUGCGAUGGAGAGUCUACCUGCUCCACACCUGCCUCCCUCUGAGAGUGGACUGCACGUUCAGCUACCUGGAGGUCCAGGCCAUGGCACUGCAGGAGACACCCCCUCAGGUCACCUUUGAGCUGGAGUCCCUGCCUGAUCUGGUCCUGGAGGUUCCUGACGUGGCUGCCCUGGAACGGCUGGCCCAGCAUGUGGCUGUGGCCAUCAAGAAGGUCUUCCCUCGUUCAACCCUUGGGAAGCUAUUCAGGAAGCCCACACCCCCCUCCAUGCUGGCUCGGCUGGAGAGCGGCCACCCCUCAGAGGGCAGCGCCCCCUGCAGCCCCUGCGGUGGCUUCUUGGAGACUUACGAGGCUCUGUGUGACUACAAUGGCUUCCCUUUCCGAGAAGAGAUUCAGUGGGAUGUGGACACCAUCUACCAUCGUCAGGGCUGCCGCCAUUUCAGCCUGGGGGACUUCAGCCACCUUGGCAGUCGGGACCUGGCCUUAAGCGUGGCUGCCCUGUCCUACAACCUGUGGUUCCGGCGUCUCUCCUGUGUGGACAUGAAGCUGAGCCUUGAGGUCUCAGAGCAGAUUCUGCACAUGAUGAGUCAGUCUUCCCACCUGGAGGAGCUGCUGCUGGAGACCUGUGGCCUGAGGGGAGACUUUGUCCGGCGACUGGCCCAAGCGCUGGCAGGACACUCAAGCUCUGGGCUCCGGGAGCUCAGCCUGGCAGGGAACCUGGUGGAUGACAGAGGUGUAGCUGCGCUCAGCAGACACCUAGAGCAUCGUCCAGGAGCCCUGAGGAGACUCAGCCUAGCGCAGACAGGGUUGACACCUCGAGGAAUGAGGGCUCUGGGCCGGGCACUGGCCACCAAUGUUGCCUUCGACUCCGCCUUGAUUCACCUGGACCUUUCUGGGAACCCUGGGGCGCUGGGGGCCUCCGAGGAUGGUGGGGGCCUCUAUAGUUUCCUGAGCCGUCCUAAUGUUCUGACCUUCCUGAACGUCGCAGGCACCGACGCCGCCCUGGACACUCUCUUUGCGGCGCUGUCCCGCGGCUGCUGCACCAACCUCACCCACCUAGAUGCUUCGAGGAAUGUCUUCUCCCGCACGAAGUCCCGGGCCGCGCCGGCCGCGCUGCAGCUCUUCCUCGGCCGCGCGGGGACGCUGCGGCAUCUGAGCCUGGCGGGCUGCAAGCUGCCACCAGACGCAGUCAGGGCACUUUUGGAUGGCCUUGCGCUCAACACGCACCUCCGCGACCUACACUUGGACCUCAGCGCUUGUGAGCUGCGCUCGGCCGGCGCCCAGGUGAUACAAGACUCAGUGUGCGACGCAGGCGCCGUGAGCUCCCUGGAUCUGGCGGAUAAUGGCUUCGGCUCGGACAUGGUGACUCUGGUGCUGGCCAUUGGGAGGAGCCGGUCCCUGAGACACGUGGCUCUUGGAAGGAACUUCAACGUCCGGUGCAAGGAGACCCUGGACGACGUCCUGCACCGGAUUGUCCAGCUCAUGCAGGACGACGACUGUCCUCUGCAGUCUCUGUCCGUGGCUGAGUCUCGGCUGAAGCUGAGCGCCAGUGUCCUACUCCGGGCCCUGGGCUCCAACCCUAACCUGACAGCGCUGGAUAUCAGCGGCAACGCCAUGGGGGACGUGGGCGCCAAGUUGCUGGCGAAGACGCUGCGGGUCAACACGAGGCUCCGGUCUGUGGUCUGGGACCGGAACAACACUUCUGCUCUGGGCCUGCUGGACGUGGCGCAGGCGCUGGAGCACAACCAUAGCCUGAAAGCCAUGCCUCUGCCACUCAACGACGUGGCCCAGGCGCAGCGCAGCCGCCCGGAACUGACAGCACGUGCAAUCCAUCAGAUCCAAGCCUGUCUCUUGAGGAACAACCGCGCGGACCCUGCCUCUUCUGACCGCCUGACCCACCUUCAGCCACUGAGUCUGGUUUCAAACCCCUCUGAGCAGGAAGUGAAUGAACUAUGUCAGUCGGUGCAGGAGCACAUGGAGCUGCUGGGCUGUGGGGCUGGGCCCCAGGGUGAAGCUGCUGUGCACCAGGCCGAGGAUGCCAUCCAAAAUGCCAACUUUUCUCUCAGUAUUCUCCCCAUUCUAUAUGAGGCUGGGAGCUCCCCAAGCCAUCACUGGCAGCUUCGGCAGAAGCUGGAGGCUCUCCUGAGACAGGUGGGUGAAGUCUGCCGCCAGGAGAUCCAGGUGAGAUGGUUUUCCUGCCCCAGCCCCACCUGCACCUGGAAGCUUGACUAUGCCAUCCCUGAGUUAAAGUUCUGUGGGGGUCGGAGCCUAAAGCCAAGUGGCCUUGGGCCCUGGCCACACCCUCACCAUGCUCUGACCUUUGCUCAGGACUUCACUCAGGCCACACUGGACACAACAAGGAGCCUCUGCCCACAGAUACUGCAGGGAUCUGGCUGGAGGGAGCAGCUAGAGGGAGCCCUGGUGGGCUCAAGGGGCUUCCCAGAGCUGCUGCCAGAACAGCUGCUGCAAAAUGCCUUCACUAGGCUCAGGGAUAUGCAGCUGUCAGUCACAGGGACCUUGGCAGAGAGCAUUGUGGCUCAGGCUCUGGCGGGUCUGAGUGCAGCCCGGGACCGGCUGGUGGAGAGUCUGGCUCAGCAGGCAACAGUGGUGGUGCCCUCUGCCCUGCCCACACUGGAUGGAGGUGAGCCCAGCCCCCUCGGGCCUGGGGAAUUGGAAGGUCUCUUCUUCCCGGAGGAGAAGGAAGAGAAAGAGGCAGAGGAGGAGGAAGAGAAGGAGAAGGAUGACAGUCCUCGGAAAUGGCCUGAACCCAGCCACGUUCUUCGCCCCGCCUCAUCCAUUCACAGUGCUGCUGAGGAACCGGAGCCCGAGCUGGCGGCUCCGGGGGAAGAUGCGGAGCCGCAGGCGGGGCCUUCCGUGCGCGGCUCUCCGAGCCCUGCCGCCCCCGGUCCCCAGGCCGGCCCGCUGCCUCGCAUGGACCUGCCACCCGCCGGACAGCCCCUGCGCCAUCCGACCCGGGCCCGGCCGCGGCCCCGCCGCCAGCACCACCACCGCCCGCCGCCGGGGGGCCCGCAGGUGCCCCCAGCCUUGCCGCAGGAAGGGAAUGGGCUCAGUGCCCGCGUGGACGAGGGCGUGGAGGAAUUCUUCUCAAAAAGGCUGAUCCAGCAGGAUCGCCUCUGGGCCCCUGAGGAGGACCCGGCCACCGAGGGGGGUGCCACUCCUGUGCCCCGUACACUGCGAAAGAAGCUGGGCACCCUCUUUGCCUUCAAGAAACCUCGUUCAACACGGGGUCCACGGCCCGAUCUAGAGACCAGCCCUGUGGCAGCUCCCCGCACCCGAAAAACUACACUUGGCGACCUGCUGCGGCCACCAACCCGUCCCAGCCGUGGUGAGGAAUCUGGUGGGGCUGAGGGGGGCAUCAGCAGCCCUGACUCUGCCCGCAGGAGCCGGCCGCGCUACACAAGGGACAGCAAGGCCUACUCCAUGAUCCUACUACCUGCCGAGGAGGAGGAGGCAUCGCUGGGUGCCAGACCCGACAAGCGGCGGCCCUUGGAGCGGGGAGAGACAGAGCUGGCUCCAUCCUUCGAACAGCGGGUACAAGUGAUGCUGCAGAGGAUAGGAGUGAGCCGAGGCAGCGGGGGUGCCGAAGGCAAGAGGAAGCAAAGCAAAGAUGGUGAGAUCAAGAAAGCUGGCUCAGAUGGUGACAUCAUGGACAGUUCCACAGAGGCCCCUCCCAUCUCAAUCAAGUCCCGUACCCACUCUGUGUCUGCCGACCCCUCAUGUAGACCUGGCCCAGGUGGCCAGGGGCCUGAGUCCACCACCUGGAAGACACUGGGGCAGCAGUUGAAUGCAGAGCUCAGGGGCCGUGGUUGGGGCCAACAGGAUGGUCCAGGCCCCCCCUCCCCUUGUCAAAGCCCAAGCCCCCGAAGAGCCAGCCCCUCCCCAGACAGCCUGGGCCUCCCGGAAGAGCCUUGCUUGGGUCCCAGGAAUGAAGAUGGCCAGCUGAGGCCGCGGCCUCUCUCGGCUGGGCGACGAGCAGUGUCUGUGCAUGAGGACCAGCUCCAGGCCCCUGCUGAACGACCCCUGCGGCUACAGCGCUCCCCAGUCCUCAAACGUAGGCCGAAGCUUGAGGCACCCCCGUCCCCAAGCCUAGGAUCUGGCCUUGGAACAGAGCCUCUGUCCCGAGAGCCCACAGCGCCCUCCAGCCCUGAGCGGAGCACCCCCUCCCCAGCCACAGACCAAAGAGACGGCGGCCCCAACCCCUGAUCCUCUUCUCUCCUGCCGCAUGAGAUUAUUUUAUUAAAAAACUCAAAGGAAA